CAUACAACAAGCAUCCCUCUCGCCGUGAAUUCUACUCCCGAUGAAUCUGUUUACACGCGACUGGUUUUUCGCGAACUUUGUUUUAUAUUUUUCUUGUAAUAUAUCCUAUGCUGCUGUGGAUUUUUUGGGAGCAGAAGUUCCAAAGUUCACCACUCCUGUUGCAAACAUUACAGUUGCGUUAGGCAGGGAAGCAGUUUUUGAAUGUGGAAUUGACAAUUUGUCAAUUUUUAAGGUUGCCUGGCUCCGUGUGGAUACCCAAACUCUUCUCACCAUACACAAUCACGUGAUAACAAAAAAUCAUCGAAUAGCAGUGACUCACGCGGAGCAUCGUAACUGGUACCUUCACAUACGUGAUGUCAGGAGGUCGGAUGAAGGGUGGUAUAUGUGUCAAAUUAACACUGAUCCAAUGAAAAGCCAAGUAGGAUAUUUAAACGUAGUAGUUCCGCCUGAUAUCUUAGAUUACCCUACAAGUUCUGACAUGGUCAUACGAGAAGGGUCAAAUGUAAGUUUACAGUGCACCGCCACUGGAUCUCCCGAGCCUUCUAUAACAUGGAGACGAGAGAAUGGUGAGCUAAUAUCGUCGACCGGUAAUGCCGAAGUGUCAUACCUUAAUGGUGCUGUUCUCAACAUAAGCAAAGUAAAUCGAUUACAAAUGGGUCCGUAUUUAUGUAUUGCUUCCAAUGGAGUCCCACCAUCAGUAAGCAAAAGAAUUAUGUUAAUUGUACAUUUUCCUCCAAUGAUUUGGAUUCAAAAUCAACUUGUUGGCGCAAUGGAGGGACAAAUGAUAAGUUUGGAAUGCCAUUCAGAAGCAUUUCCCAAGUCUAUCAACUAUUGGACCAGGGAUGAUAGUCGAAUUAUUAGUUCCCAAGGUACAAAAUACGACCCAAUUUUUGUAGACAAUACCUACAAAGUUCAUAUGAAGCUAACAAUACGCAAUGUAACGUCUAACGAUUAUGGAUCCUAUAGGUGCAUUGCAAAAAAUUCUUUAGGGGAAACUGAUGGAACAAUAAAGCUUUAUCAAAUAACUUCUCCAGUAAGUCUUUCGGCGUCUAAAACUACGCAGCCUAGUCCUAAAGGGAUAAAAAACAUAAGGAAGUUUGUAAGAGAAAAUGCUGAUCAUAACACAUCAAGUUAUGAAGAAGCUGAAAUUUCGAGUCGCAUGAAAAUGAAUAAUGAGGAUUUUUCUGCGAGUAACAUGAUAAUCGACAAUAAAGGAAUCAAUGACGAGGAUCAACAAGUGGAAUAUUCCAAUGCAAUUAAUUUUAAGAACCGCUAUAUUGUAUAUUUUGUGAUAUUAUUCCUAUUUAUAUGAGGCCUCUAUUGGAACUGAUAUUAAAAAUUAAACUGCUUAAAACCACAUAAAUUUUGUCACUCUGAUAGAUUUGUGUCCUACCUACUACAGCGUGUCUACAUUACCUUCCUUUUAAGAUUUUUAUUUCUUAAUCGAUUUUAUUUAACUUUUUUUUUCUUAAGAAUGCAUUCAAAUCUUAAUCUGGGUUAUCUGGACACACUGUGUAAUAAUUUCAAGCGAAAGUUGAGCUUACUGUAAAAAAAUAAAUAUUUUUUUCAACUGAUCUUGA